GUUUUUUCUUAAUACACGAUAGUAUGUUUACUUUUGGAAAUAAUUUUUUGUGACACUACUAGGAUUUGAUAUACUAAAAUUACAGCCUUAAUUCUCGGAGUUUUUAUUAAGCAAUUAAAGAAAAGAUUUAUUUUUCAAGGCGUAUAUUUAAAUUUAAAUUCAUUGUUAAGAAAUAAUUAAAUACUAAAAUAUUAUUAAUUUAUUUAUAUAUACGUGAAUUGUCAUAUUUUGAAACUCGAAAUAAAUUAUAACUCUUCUAAUAGUAUUAUCUUUUUUUACAAUUUUAGUAUUUAUAUAAGGAAAUUCAUUAAGAUUUUUUCAAGAAAACAAAUCUCACCAGUCUGACGAAUUUUUACGCGAAUGGAUUCUACGUAUUCACGCAUGCGUACUGUACCAUUCAUUCAAGAUGAUAAGUUGAAGGUAGGGGAAAAGACAAAGUCAAUUGCGACUUGUGAGAGUGGUCACCAAUGUACAUACAUUAUAUAUACACCGAUGUCCCAACUAUUAUUCACCAAUAUUAUAUAGUUUGCGAAAGUCUGGAAACUGUAUACAGUAAUUAACAUUUGGAUACUACCUAAAAAGUGUUGUGUUUUUAUUUUUUAAAAGAUGUUUCGAAAAAAUAUUUGAAUAUUCACUGGAACGUCACACAGUGCUGUCCUUGAAAAUAUACCUGUAUGGGAACAAAAAAAAAAAUAAUAUGCAACAAGAGCAAGAGCGAAUGAGUGAGCGUCAAAAAGUGGAGAAAGGAAGCAUGGGUUUGUAAUUGUAAAAAUGGCACAGAUCGAACAACAAUUGCCAAUUCCAAUGCCGGACUUGAGCACUCUCAGAAUAACAACAGCAGUGUCUGUGUUAGGCAAAGCAUAUGGAUGUGGUCAAUGCAGUGCUCCUCCACCGGGGCAAACAACAAGCACGGCCGUGGAUGCAGCAGGGAGCAGUGUUUCAGCAUUGAGCUCUCUAGGAGUUGUGCCCACACAACAACAAACACACACACCGCCACAACCACCAGAUUUACCAGUGUUCUCAUGUCCUCGAAGGCCAAAUAUUGGGCGCGAAGGUCGUACAAUUGGCCUCAGGGCAAAUCAUUUCCAAAUAACAAUGCCACGUGGUUUUGUUCAUCAUUAUGAUAUUGGUAUUCAACCUGAUAAAUGUCCACGUAAAGUUAACCGGGAAAUAAUUGAAACAAUGGUACAUUGCUACAGUAAAAUAUUUGGUGCAUUAAAGCCUGUAUUUGAUGGAAGAAAUAAUUUAUAUACAAGAGAUCCAUUGACAGUUGGUAAUGAUAAAUUAGAUCUUGAAGUAAUAUUACCUGGUGAAGGCAAAGAUCGUGUAUUUCGUGUGACAAUUAAAUGGGUCGCACGAGUAUCACUUUAUGCAUUAGAAGAAGCACUUGAAGGACGAACUAGACAAAUUCCAUAUGAUGCUAUUUUAGCGCUUGAUGUUGUCAUGAGACAUUUACCGUCAAUGACAUACACACCGGUCGGUAGAUCAUUUUUCAGUACACCUGAUGGUUAUUACCAUCCACUUGGUGGUGGUCGAGAAGUUUGGUUUGGUUUUCAUCAAUCAGUUAGACCAUCACAAUGGAAAAUGAUGCUUAAUAUUGAUGUAUCAGCAACAGCAUUUUAUAAAGCACAGCCUGUUAUUGAAUUUAUGUGUGAAGUACUUGAUAUAAGAGAUAUUAAUGAACAACGUAAGCCUUUAACUGACUCACAGAGAGUUAAAUUUACCAAAGAAAUUAAAGGUUUGAAAAUUGAGAUUACCCAUUGUGGUACAAUGAGACGAAAAUACAGAGUUUGUAAUGUUACAAGAAAACCAGCACAAAUGCAAUCGUUUCCAUUGCAAUUAGAAAAUGGACAAACAGUUGAAUGUACAGUUGCCAAGUACUUUUUAGAUAAAUAUAAGAUGAAAUUGCGUUAUCCACAUUUGCCAUGUCUUCAAGUUGGACAAGAACAUAAACACACAUAUCUACCACUUGAGGUCUGCAAUAUUGUUGCUGGUCAACGUUGUAUCAAAAAACUUACUGACAUGCAAACUUCAACAAUGAUAAAAGCAACAGCUCGUUCAGCCCCAGAUCGAGAACGUGAAAUAAACAAUCUUGUUAGACGUGCUGAUUUUAAUAAUGAUUCGUAUGUUCAAGAAUUUGGUUUGACUAUAUCAAAUAAUAUGAUGGAAGUUCGUGGUAGAGUUUUACCACCUCCAAAAUUGCAGUACGGUGGACGUGUUAGUUCUCUCAGUGGACAGACAAAGCAGCAGGCAUUGCCUAACCAGGGUGUAUGGGACAUGCGUGGAAAACAAUUUUAUACUGGCGUAGAAAUUAGAGUGUGGGCUAUUGCGUGUUUUGCACCACAGAGAACAGUGAGGGAAGAUGCUCUUCGAUCAUUUACUUCACAACUUCAAAAAAUAAGUAAUGAUGCAGGUAUGCCAAUAAUUGGUCAACCAUGUUUUUGCAAAUAUGCAACUGGACCUGAUCAAGUUGAGCCCAUGUUUCGUUACUUAAAAAAUACGUUCCCAGCUCUUCAACUAGUUUGUGUUGUUUUACCUGGAAAAACACCAGUCUAUGCUGAAGUCAAAAGAGUUGGUGACACACUUUUAGGAAUGGCUACCCAAUGUGUUCAAGCUAAAAACGUAAACAAAACCUCACCUCAGACACUUUCAAAUUUGUGUUUAAAAAUUAAUGUUAAACUUGGAGGCAUUAAUAGCAUUCUAGUUCCAAGUAUUCGACCCAAAGUUUUUAAUGAACCCGUUAUAUUUUUGGGAGCUGAUGUAACUCAUCCACCAGCUGGUGAUAAUAAAAAACCUAGCAUUGCUGCAGUCGUUGGUAGUGUUGAUGCUCAUCCAUCACGUUAUGCUGCCACUGUUAGAGUUCAACAACACCGUCAAGAGAUAAUUCAGGAACUCAGUGCCAUGGUUCGAGAAUUGUUAAUUAUGUUCUAUAAGAGUACUGGAGGAUACAAGCCCCAUCGAAUUAUUCUCUAUCGUGAUGGUGUGUCUGAAGGACAAUUUCUUCAUGUUCUUCAGCAUGAACUUACGGCGAUUCGUGAAGCUUGCAUCAAACUCGAAGCUGAUUAUAAACCUGGCAUUACCUUUAUUGUUGUUCAAAAAAGACAUCAUACACGAUUAUUUUGUGCUGAUAAAAAGGAACAAAGUGGAAAAAGUGGAAAUAUUCCUGCAGGCACUACUGUUGAUGUUUGCAUUACACAUCCCACUGAGUUUGAUUUUUAUUUGUGCAGUCAUCAAGGAAUUCAGGGAACCUCGAGGCCUUCGCACUAUCAUGUUCUCUGGGAUGAUAACCAUUUUGAAAGUGACGAGCUACAAUGCUUGACUUAUCAGCUCUGUCACACAUAUGUUAGAUGUACGAGGUCUGUAAGUAUUCCUGCUCCAGCAUACUAUGCUCAUCUCGUAGCAUUCCGAGCUCGAUAUCAUCUUGUCGAAAAAGAACAUGACAGUGGAGAAGGUAGUCAUCAAUCAGGGUGUAGUGAAGACAGAACUCCUGGCGCAAUGGCUCGGGCAAUCACGGUUCACGCAGAUACAAAGCGAGUAAUGUACUUUGCGUAAAAUUAUUUUCAUUAAAUAAGCUUCAUACGGCAUAGAUAAAAAAAAUUGUGUCAAAAAAAAAAAAAAAAAAAGAAAAAACCAAAACAUUUUUAAACUUGAUGGUAUCAUCAGAUAUGAUUCUUCGGUGGCCAAUUUUUUUUUUUUUCAUUUAUUGCUAAUGGAAUCAUAAAUAAGAGAGUACCCAUGAACACAUUUUACCUCAUUCUAUGUGGUAAGUUUUUGAAGUAAAAACGGUGCUUUUAGUUGAUCAUGUUUUUAGAUUUAUAUUUAAGAAAAAUAAUCAACUAUUGAAAAUAUAUGCGAUUAUUUUUUUCGUGAAAUAAUACUUGAUUCUUGAAAUUAACUCAUUUUCAUAAACGAAAAUUUAUUUUUCGCUGAAAAGUUUAAUAAUUACGCUUAUUUUUGCCUUGUUUAAUAGUUUUCUUUGUACAUAUCUGAUACAGAAUAAAGUUGAUUUUUAUCCGUUUUUCUCACAAGUCAAUAUUAUCCUGUUUGCUGUACAACUUUUUAUUAUUUCUUGCAUUUGAUUGACGAUAAAAUGAAAAUUAAUAAAUCACGCAUUAUUAUCUAAAUGAAUGAAAAAAAAAAAAAAAAAUUAAUAAUAAUUUGUAUAUAUUGUCAACGUGUUAUCAAUUUGCACGAGUAAAAGAUAUAUUGAUAUAAUUAAAUAUAUGUAUAUCAAAAAAAGUCAAAUAAAAAACAUUUAGAAAAGUAUUAAAUUGGCCACCACAAGUUUAUAAAAAUGCGGCUUUAACUUCAAUUAUUAUUUCUGAAUUUAUUUGUUUAAUCGUGUAUUUAAUUUUAAGAUGGAUAAUCGAUAAUUAUUGAGUAUCAUAGCGAUUAAAUAAUGCGAGCAGGAUUCAGUUUCUCACUUUACUAUCUGUUCAUUAUCAAUUAAUGUCGUUUUAAUAUAAAUGCAUCGCUUUGUUCAAGAAAACGAACGUACUCUGAACGUACGAACGUACUCAGUCUGAAUUGAUUAUUGAACGUUGUAACAUAAGACUUUGAUUAUCAUCCAAGAAUCAGUAAUGGAUUUUUUUCCCCAUUGAUGUUAGCAUUUUAAAAUUCUUGAUCACUUUCUUCACAUUUCUUAGGCAAAAAUAAAUAAAUAAUAAUAAUAAUGAUAAUAAUAAUAAUGUUAUAAUUAUAAUAGUUGAGAAUUAACGAUUCUUGGAUGGUGGUAAAAGAAAAGAUAAUUACGCUUAUUUAGAGAAAAAAAAAUAUACUUUCGAUUUACAAGUUGAACUUUUUUUCUGUUGCAUACUGAAAAAUUGAAAAAGAUGAAAUAAAUUAGAAUUCAUAUGUAUAACUGCAUGAUCGCAUAAUAAGAACUUUGAAUGUUUUGAAAAUAAUGUACAUCGUAAGAACUUUCGAAAAUUGAGACCCUCAAAAUGGUGGUGUCUAAUUUUUUUUUUAAUUUUAGUUUCUUUUUUUUUUAUGUACUAUUUAUAAAUAAUUAUCACAUGUUUUUACUUUUUUGGCUCUAAUUAUUACAAGUAAUAAAAUUAAUUGGAAAUCUAAGCUACUAAAAUAAGCUGAAGUGCCCUAAGAAGAAAGU